CAGGGCCUUCUCCAUAGAUAUGACAUCUUUUGAAAAUUGAACGCAACGGAGAAAAGUGUUGCUUGUUCGCUAUUGCCAGCAGAUUCAGAGUAUGUAAUUGCGGUUUUUCUGGCAGGUUUCGUUGAUGAGGUUUUGACCAUCAAAGUCCGAAUCUUGAAUAUAAAGCUAACUUCACCGCAGUACAUAAAUGGCUAGUUUUUUCGAGUUAAAACAAUGAUUUAAAAAAAUCGGAAAUCCAAUAAUGAAAAUGUACACGGACCCAAAAGGUACACAGUCCGUGAAACCAGAAAACGUGACACCAAAACUGGAACGAAUGUGUGUUUUUGUGCACUGUGCGUAGAUAUCCGCAGUUUCGCAGAGUUAGCAAGACAUUGCCACUUCUGCAGUAUGAUGGGAAUUCUACCGUUCCUGUUAGGUCUACUGUCAAUGGUCCCUGCUGGAGCACAGGUGUUUACGCUGAGUGAAAUGUACGGUACAAUUACCUCUCCAAACUUUCCCGAACCAUACCCAAAAGACGCAGAGAUCUUCUGGAAUAUCAGCGUUCCUGAGGGGUUUCAAAUCCGAUUGUACUUCCUUCACUUUGACCUAGAGCCCUCGUACCUCUGUGAGUACGACUACGUUAAGGUGGAGGCUGAUGGAGAGGAACUGGCAGUGUUCUGUGGGCAUGAGGACAGUGACACAGAGCAUGUUCCAGGAGAGCAUGUCAUCAGCUCCCCUAGAAGCUCCCUCAGUGUGUCUUUCCGAUCUGACUUCUCCAAUGAGGAACGCUUCUCAGGCUUCAAAUCCCAUUAUAGUGCUGUUGAUGUGGAUGAGUGUAGGGACAGUAAUGAUGAGGACCUGGCUUGUGACCAUUUCUGCCACAACUACAUUGGCGGUUUUUACUGUUCCUGUCGCUAUGGCUACCUGCUGCACUCUGACAACAGGACAUGUCGAGUUGAGUGCCGUGAUAAUGUGUUUUCUGAGCGGUCAGGGGUGUUGUCCAGUUCCAACUUCCCCAAUCCAUAUCCCAAGAGCUCCGAUUGCCAGUACCGCAUCGAGUUGGAAGAUGGUUUCCUGAUCACCCUGGAGUUUGAUGACCCCUUCGACAUUGAGGAUCACCCGGAUGUCAUCUGUCCAUACGACUUUGUCAAGAUCCAGGCGGGGACGAAUGAGUAUGGUCCAUUUUGUGGGGACCGGUCACCAGGCAGGAUCCAGACAGAGAGCAACAAGGUGCAAAUGUUCUUUCACAGUGAUAACUCUGGAGAGAACAUUGGUUGGAAGAUGUCUUACACCUCCUAUGGGAGUCUGUGCCCAGCCCCUGUAAAACCCCUAAAUGGCCAGCUGGAUCCAGUUCAGAUCCAGUACUCCUUCAAAGACCACGUCCUGGUGUCCUGUGAGCCAGGAUACAGACUGAUACAGGAUGGAGAAGAACUAGAGCACUUUGAGAUCAAGUGUCAGAAAGAUGGCUCAUGGAGCAGCUCUGACCCACUGUGUAAAAUGAUGGAUUGUGGAAAUCCAGGGGAGAUAGCCAUGGGUGAAAUCAUCUUUAAGAGCCCUGACAACAGCACCUUGUUUGGUUCUGUAUUCCGGUAUAUCUGUAAAGAUUCCAUGUUCCAUAUUCACCCCAAGAUCAACACUACAUACAUCUGUGGAGAGAAGGGACAGUGGACCAACUCAGAAGUUGGGAGUAAAAUUCCGACAUGCUUACUAGCAUGUGGGGAGCCAUCUCAACCAUUUCCGGCCCAGUUCAAGCGCAUCGUCGGGGGACGUAGUGCUGUCCCUGGUCUCUUUCCCUGGCAGGUCCACCUAACAAUAGAAGACAAGUCCCGUGUCCCGGAGCGCCGCUCGUUUGGAAGUGGGGCACUUCUCUCUGAAUACUGGGUCCUAACCGCUGCCCAUGUCUUGUGCUCCCAACGCCGUGACUCCACCGUUGUGCCUGUGGUGCCUGAGCAUGUCUGUGUCUACUUGGGCCUGCAUGACAUCCGUGCCAAGAAAUAUGCCACCAAACGCUCUGUGGAACAGAUCAUCAUCCACCCUCACUUCAAUCCUUACAACUACAACAAUGACAUCGCCAUGGUGAAGCUAAGUCAGGCGGUGCUCAUGGACGACCUGGUGCGGCCCAUCUGCCUUCCAUCUCCACAGGGCAAAGACAACCUGAGUCCCCAGGCCAACAAUUUGGGCCUGGUGGCCGGCUGGGGCAUCUCCAACCCCAACAUCUCAGCGGACACCACCACACUUACCUUUGACGUGGGCAUGGUAGCAGACGUGCUGCAGUAUGUCAAACUGCCAGUGGUGGAGCAGGAGGAAUGCAAGGCCAGCUACUCGUUGCGCAACAUGAACUACAGUAUCACAGAAAACAUGUUUUGUGCCGGGUUUUAUGAAGGAGGGCGUGACACAUGCCUAGGGGACAGUGGUGGGGCGUUUACAAUGGAGGAGCCUGAAAGUGGGCGCUGGGUGGCCCAUGGUUUGGUGUCAUGGGCUGGCCCAGGGAAGUGUGGAAGUCAGAGGGUUUAUGGGGUUUACACCCGAGUGGCCAACUAUGCCAGUUGGUUACAAAGCCACUUGGGGAUUGGGCCAUGGUGGUGAUUUGGUUGGGGGAGGGCAUGGGGUCUCUGUUCAGCCUGUCAUCUGUGUUCAUAUCCUAUGUCCCUUUCCAGCCUUCAUAACACCUCUCCCAAAGGUUGGGGGUCAGGUCAAAGUCCAGCUAUAUUUAGGACAGCGGAUGACGUUACAAUUUAAGGAUCCAAAAGUGCAAUUAAUUACCUACUUUCCAGUUUAUUGACCCUAUUCAACUAAUGUUUUGCUAAUUCUAAAGAUUAUCUCUAACCCACAUGAUAUCGGAAAAUAAUAUU